AUGUUUGAAGAAAUUUAGCUAAGUGGAAUCGUAGCCAAAGAAAUAUCAUCUCAUUCAAAUAUUACAUUAAUGGGAAACCAGGUGGAAGAACAUUUUAAAUGCACAGACUAAUCAAUUAGUUACUUAAUAGAAGAGAUCAUUUAUGUUGUGUAUGUUUGAUGUUUUAUUUAUCAAUAGAAAGGUUACGAAUGGUCAGACUGUAUCAGUUCAUCGAUACGAUAUGAAGGAUUUAUUUAACUAAUCAAUAUAAUUAAGUAGCGAGUACUUUAACUUUUCUCAUUUAAUUACUCAGAAUGGUUGCAUUAUAAUGAGAGACCAGAAUACACCUUAUUUAUUGGUUGUAACACAGACAGGAUAAAUCUUUUAUAAGAAUUUAAUAUCAAAUACUUCUAGUAUAAUUAAUAAUUUAAAGUUGGACAACCAAAGGUUUAUGUGUCUGGCUAAACCACUCAUUUAUAAUAGUUAGAUCAAAUUUUAUGUAUUGAGUGAUGCUGACUAAUUACUUCAUAUAACAAUCGAUGUAAUAAGAGGUGAAAUUGCAAAAUAUAAAUAUCAAUUAAGUUUUGGUAGCAAAUUUUUGAGUAAAUUUUUUGGCAAUUAAACUAAUGAUUGGAGGACUGCUUUUUAAAUUAGUGAAAAAUAAUUAAUCCAUUACUCCUUUUAAACAUAGUUUCACUUAAUUGAGAUAAAAGGAACAGAUAUUUAUUGUAGACAUUUAUAAACUGAGGAUAAUAAUCUUAAAGUUAAAUAAAUUGAGGUGUUUUAGCAUAAACCCAAUGGUUAAAUUACUUUAUGUUAUCUUUAAUAGAAUCAGAUGAAAAUAUAUUCACUUAUUGGAAACCAAUUAAGAAUAAAUUGUGUAAUCUCCUAAUUAGAUUUCUUAUUAAACAUCACCUUUAAUAUUAGCAGCAUCUAAAACUCUAUAAUUUUGAUUUAAGGAUGUGAAAUCUAUUAAUUAAGUUAUGAAAACUAUGCUUUUGAAUUAGUAAAUUAAAAUAAAUACCCUGUUUUAGGUUAUAUAAACUAAGAUGAUUAAUUGUUAUUGUUUUAUAAAAAUCAUAUUUCAUUUAUUAAUUAAGUUUAAAAUCAGUUUAGUAAAAUAUAAUAUUAGUUAAGACAAAAAAUUUAUAAGUUUAAAAAGGAUGUAGAGGAUUAAUAUAGAUUAAAAGAUGAAGAGCUGAUCCUUCAAUCGAUCUCCAUUGAAUUCUAUAUUAAAAAUAAGUUUGAUCAAUUCUAGACCCUGAUGAAAUUUAUGCAUCGUAAUUUAAACUAGAGAAAAGUAAUCUAAUUGAUGAAAAAACAAUAUAACAAUUUUUGCAUUGAAGACUUUAUGAAUGACCUAAUGGAUGAAUUAGAAGAUAUUUAUUAUUAUUUGAAACCAACCAUCAAAAUGUUAGAUUUGGAUUUCCAUUAAUCCUACGAUCAAUUGAGAUAAUAACUUAGCCGAUUAGAUCAAUUCUUAAUGCACCUCUAUUUUAAUUAAUUCUAACCCUAAUAAGAUUCCAAAUACGAUCAAUCAGUUAAGUUAUCGUUGCUCAAAUCCUUAGUAAUAAAUCAACUCAAAGACUAUUACUAGAUGUAUUUGGAAAUAUAUUUAGGUCUAGCUGUCAUAGUCAACAUUUCCAACAUAUAAUUUGAUCUUCAACAUAUGCACUAAUUGUUUUAUGCUACUAUGCUUCUAUUAACUUUAUUUUAGGAUAAGUCUUACAUAUCCUUUUAAAAUGUAGUAAAAAAACAAUUCCAAUUCGUUUCUAGUGAUAUUUCAUUACAAAAUUUAACUUCUAUUCAUAUUGUCAUAGACAGAUUUAUUAAUUUGAUCUCUAGCGAAGUAUUUAGAGACUUCCCUAUUCCAGAAGAAUUAUUAUGUGAGAGUUUCCAAAAGAAUUAAAGAAAGUCAUUUAUAAAUCAAAAUAAUGCAAAGGAACUAAUUAGGUAUUAUCAAGUGAGUUAAUAAAUUGGAUAAUAAUAACAUAAUAUCCUCAAAUUUGUCAAUGAAAAUGAAGACCAAUACUAAGAGUUAAAAUUGAGAAUUUCAUUCUAUCUGUAAAUACAAUAAAACCCUUAGUACCAAGAUGAAUAGGAACUUUUAUUAAAUAAGUUGAUAGAUUAUGCUAUUAAAUAGGAACAACAUUAGCUUUUAUUUUAAAUUCUGAAUUUGAACCAAACAAAACAAAUAAAUAAUCAAUUGGUUCAGAUGAUCGAUAGUUAUCAUUUAUAUAAAUGCCAAUUAAGUAAGUUGAUUUUUAUAUAUUUUAGCUGCCAGAACUACUGAUCAAAUUGCAGAAUUGUUACUUCAAUAUUCGCGCGAGAAGUGUCGUAAUUUGAUGAAUGCUGAUAAAGUGCUUCAAUAUUACAGCUUUCUAAUGAGACAGGAAUCUAAAGAUAAAGUAUUGAUUCAAAUCUUAUGACAAGGCAUUAACACUAUUGUUUGAGUAUAUUGUAAAUUUGGAGAUGGUGCUAUUCUAUUUAAAAAGCAAGAAAGUAUCUCGCGGAGUUUAGAUUCAAUUAGAUUAUAUAAAACUAUUGUUGAGUUAAAUGCAAUUGUCAAGUAAACAAGACUAAUAGCCUUACUCUCAAUAAUUAAUUUGUAAACUUAGCAAUUAGAGUUAUGAGUAGUUUAAGAAUCCAAGCACUAUAAAUGAUAAAUCUGAAAUCGACUUAAAAUCUCCUGAAAAUAUUAAAAUUGUUAAUUUAGAGCAGAUAAUAAAAUUUAAGAAAUACAAAGAAAUUUAAAAUUUCGUUUGCCGUUAUUACAUUCCUUAUGCAUAACUCAAUAAAGUUAUAGAAUAACUGAUACUCAAUGGAAAUCUGAAUGAAUUGAUUAAUGUAUUUCAAUUGAAUUUUGAUCCAAAUAUCGAAAAGAAUAUAGUGUUCUUCUAUUUUCAAAACGAGGAUUAAAGACAAGAAUUGCUCAACAAAGUGAAACAAUUUUUAACUCAAAAGGAACUUUCAAUAAUUUUAGCUUAGAUUUGUGUAGUUUGUAAUUUGAAUUUAGAAAAAUGCACAGAAUUGUUUAAGAUGACUCAAAGUUAAGAAUACUUCUUAUAAUAUAUGAUUAAUGUUAAUAAGGAAUAAAUAGCUUAGAUAUUGAUCUGA